AUGGAAGAAGAAAAUAUUUUUAAAGGAUUGGCAAGUGCAUCUGCGAUUGAGCAGCAAUCAAGUGAGAGGAUUAAACCAAAUGCUUUAAAUCAAUUUUUAGAUUGUGAGGACACAAAAUUGCAGGAUUCAACAUUUUCAGCGUUUGAGGGUAAGGAAUCAGAUAGAUCAACACUUGCAGCUUCUAAGAAUGAGAAACAAGAUGUGUCAAAAAUACAGCUAAAACACUCUCAAGAUACAACUGCUUUAAUUGAAACACUUGCACUUCUGAUUUAUAAUGAUUUAAAAGAACUCAAGUCUAAGAAUUCAAAAUCAUUGAACGAUUUUUCUUCAAAUAACCAGAGACUUCAUCAAGAAGGAAAGCCUUUCAGGUGUGAGGUGUGUAAUAAAAAAUUUGUGAGAUUAAAUCUCAUAAAGCGGCACAUACUUGUUCACACACUCAAGAAGCAACAUGAAUGUGAUGUUUGUCAUAAAAGAUUCAUGCACAAAUCUAAUUUGUCUGCUCAUAAAAAAAUUUAUUCUUCAGAUAUUCUCCACGAAUGUGAUGUUUGUAAAAAAGAGUGUGAGUGUCUUUUAAAACAACGUAAAAUAAUUCAUAAUGAAGAGAAGUCUCAUGUGUGUGAUGUUUGUCAUGCAAAGUAUGUGUUUAAGUGUAAUUUAAAAAAACAUAAAGUUACCCAUACUGGAGAGAUACAUUAUAAGUGUAAUGUUUGUCCUAAGACUUUUUUUUCUAAGCCUCUUUUAGAAAAGCAUAAGACUAUUCAUUCUGGAGAUAAAAAUGAGUGUGGUAUUUGUCUUAAAAAGUUUAAUAACCAAAAGAAUCUGUUAAGACAUAAACAAACACAUACUAGAGAUAGGCCCCAUGAAUGUGGUGUUUGUCAUAAAAAUUUUGCUCUCAGACGAUAUUUGAUUAUUCAUGAGAAGGUUCAUUCUGUAAAUCUCUAUGAAUGUGAAAUUUGUCAUAAAAUCUUAAAGCGACUAUCUUAUUUGACUACCCAUAUGAAAUUACAUACAGGAGAUAAACCUCAUGAAUGUGAUGUUUGUCAUAAAAAGUUUGCUCUAAUAAGAUAUUUAAGAAAACAUAAGAGUAGGUCUACUCAUUCUAAAUCUAAGUAGGAAAGUGAUAUUUGUCUUAAAAAGUUAAAGCAGCAAUCUUCUUUACCUACCAGAAAAAAAAAAUACUGUUUUAGUCCUAAGAAUUUUUUCCUUGGUCUAAUUUAAAAAGUCAUAAGAACAUUCUUGAAUAAUAAUUGCCAUUAAAAUUGUGGCUUCAUCUAACUUUUUUUUAACAAUUUGCAUAUUAGAUAACUUUAUAAAUAAAGUAUCUGUAGUAAAAAGUUACUUUUAUAGUUACAUAUUUAAACA